AUGUCUUUCAAGCGUCGCUACAAAAGUUACUUUAUAAAAUGGUUACUUGAUCAAUAUGAAUCUGGAAAUGACGAUAAAAUGAAUGUUCUUACUGCCAUUAGAUUUAUAGCCAAAGCAUGGAAAGAAGUAUCAUCAGAAACGGUGCAUAAUUGCUUUCGACAUACUG